AUGAGUAAUGUUGGCGAUGGAGCCACCAACAGUUCUUACACAGCUACAACAUUUGAUCCGUCAAAACCCUCUCAGUCAUCUAGCUCAAAUGCACCAGAAACUGAAACACCGCAAACACCAGCAUUUCCAAACACACGAUGGAUAAAUUCGACGAUGGAUUUUUCAAAAAAUCCUGGUGUAUUUGAUGAUAUAUUCAAGAAAAUCAAAGAACUUACGCCGCCAGCAUUUGAAGGAGCGAAGUUGUCCGCUACAAAAAUGUUAAGUUCGCAUUUUCAAGUUAGUCAUUCGCUGGCGUUAACUGGAGGAGCUAGUUGUGGCUACAAAUUUGGAGCAAACUAUGUUGGUACUCAACUUUAUUCUCAAUCAGAGGUAUUUCCGGUAAUUUUGGGUGAUAUGGAUCCAAACGGUAGUGCAAAUGCUCAAAUUAUUCACCAAUGGACCGAUAAAAUACGAACUCGGUUUCUUGCUCAAGUGCAAACGUACAAAAUGGCAGGAUAUCAAAUAGCAUUAGAUUAUCGAACAAAAUACACCACAACUAGUAUAACAGGAGCAAAUCUUGAUUUAAUUAGUAAUUCUGGAAUUAUUGUUUUACAGCAUUUAACACGUAUUACGAACAACAUCGACGUGGGUGCUGAGUAUCUUUAUCAAGCAAAUCCAGCGAUACCUGGCAGGCAUAUUGGAAUGACGAGCUUUGCGGGUCGUUAUCGAGGACUCAAUUGGUUUGGCGCGGCUAAGUUUUCUCCAGCCGGUGUUAUUAAUCUUGGCUAUUUUCAUCAAAAAUCGAGUAGUCCAUUACAACUUGGGGUAGAAUUUGAAACAUCUAUUAAAGAAAGUUCAGCAACAUUCUCUUAUCAGUAUGAUAUAGCAAAAGCAAAUGCAACGUUUAAAGGAUUGAUAGACACAAACGGCAUUGUAUCAGCAGUGAUUGAAAAACGUUUACUUCCGUUACCAUUUACAUUUAUUUUAAGCAGUUCACUUAAUCACGCUAAAGCAGCAUAUCGAUUUGGAAUUGGAUUAUUAGUUGGAUGA